AAGUGACUAACCAGAAGUCUACAGGAACCAAACUAUGACCUGUAUCAAUUUGAAGAGAUAUCUGGUGUUUUUUUAAUUAAUACAUUUUUAAAAAACCAUUCGCUGGUUAGUUAGCUCGUUUUUUUGCAUCUUUUUUAGGUGUUAUGCCUAAAUGAUGAAAAAGCGCAGCUGAACUCUUGAGUAUUAGCAAAUAUUCUCUGACUGAAAUCUGUGGAGUUGAUCUGCUGCAUGUUUAUUUAAUCUGCCUCGUUUUUCAUCUGACAUUGAGCAUGCCUGCUCCUUACCUUGAACAAAUUAGAAGAGCCAAGGAGUGGCAGGAUGCCAAAGUUACUUCCACCAUUACACCCACCUUGAAGAAGAUAUGCAUCAAAACAGUGAGUCGUCACAUGGAUGUACUAGACAAGAAAGCUCUUGACCUACCAAUCUCACUGAUCAAGGAGCUCCUGCAGCAUUUAAACAUUGUUGAUCUGGAUAGAAUUCAGCCUGCAGUGAACCGGAAAGGAAUCUCCACCUCCUUUGUGUGGGCAGGAAUAUUGAGAAGAAUCUCUGGGCCUCGCAAAGGGAGUACCAUACUCACCGAAGAUGAAUGGAGGGAGACAAGCAUGCAUAAGCUCUUUAACUUGGCCUUCUAUGGCUUCAGGUUCGGAGGUGAUACAAAAUACCUCCUGAAUGUCAACUUUAACUCCCUUCUCUUAGUCAUGGCCAAAUACAUCCAGCACCUGGUUCUUCGAACAUCACGACCACACGGCUACUUCUUCGCGAGGAGGUCUGUUUUGAGCGUUCUGGAGAAGGGUGUAAGGCGCAUUCAACUGGGAGAGAGCACUCAGCUCAGAGAGUGGCCCAGUGAUGUCUUAUACACCCUGCACCGUUUACUGGACCACGGGGCAGCCCGUGAUGUCAUCAUAAACCAGAGCCCAGAUCCUCGUCUGCUGGCUUGGAUUCUUCACGGCAGGGGACCUCAGAGUAAAAGCCACCAAUGUCCAAUGGAGUCCAUGCAAGGUGAGAUGGUCAAAUGUUGCCAGGCGCCAAACACUGCAGGAAGCAGCGCUGGAGAUGCUGAGGCAGCCAACUCCCAGGUCCCAGAGGAAGAGGAGCCUGAUGAAGAAGAUCAUAAUGGUGGGACCCCAUGCAAGCGUCCAAGGUUGAGUAUUGCCUCCGCGAAGGCAGAGCUUGACUUGACCAGCUCCCCAUGCCAGUGUAUGGUCCCCAAGCCAUUGUGCCAGAUGUUUAUUCCCUCGGUUGGUCACUCGACAGAGAUUUGCCACAAGGGGCAAAUCCAUUCACUAAAGAUCAAUGACUUCAGGGUUGGAGUCUUCCCUGUACUGCUUCCUCUCCUGCCUUCUUGGCUGUGCCUCCACUCUCUAAGCCUGCAAAGUGCUUGGACCUUUGAGGAGGGUGAUGCGUUGAGCCUGGCAGAGUCUCUCCAGCAGCUGUCUGCUACACCAGGCUGCUCCCUGAUUGAGCUGAGUGUGGGGUCCCUGACCCAUCCUGCUCUCAUGGAGUCUCUGCUGAAUGCAUGCCCCACCCUCAGGUCAUUCUCCAUGGAGAUCCACCCUGUAGCAGAGUACCACAGAGCCCCACUGAGAAGCAUUCCCCAGCCAGCACACCAUGCAGAACUCUCACUGGAGAAGCUGUGUGUGAAAGUACCCAAAUUGAGGACCAGUGUGGAGAGUCUGAUGUGUGUGUUGCUACGCUCUCCUCGCCUCACCUCACUUCACGUCUCAGGAAUCAACAGCUCAACUGGCUUCUCACCCAGCCACCUCCUCAACACAGUGGCAGAGUCUAAUCGCCACCUGAAGGACCUCACCUUGGAGGAUAUCAACCUGUCUGACUGUCACUGUGCAAUCUUCCAGCUACUGGAUAACUACUGUAUGUUGGAAGCGUUGUCAUUGAAGGACUGUCGGCUUCUGGAGAAAUGCAGUGACAAGGAAGAUGUCGUCCGACAGCUGGUUAAUUCUCUCAAAAAGGUUCCAUCUCUCCAGUCUCUCAACUUGGCUCAAAACCGCCUCGCCAAGACUGUGACAGUUUUGGGGGAACUCUUCAAAGGACCCUCACCAAGCACAGUGAAAGAGCUGGACAUUAGCUCCAACUUCAUCCAGCCUCCUGAGCUGCUAGAGUUGGGGAAGUUGUUGGAGACCCACCGUCCUCCCCAGAAACUACUCCUCACCCUGAAGAGCAACCCACUGGACAGAGACAUGGAGCUGAGGGACACGGCUCUGGGCACGCUCAGUCACCUUUGUGACCUCAUCACCGACCACUGGAACUCCAGAGACACCAUGGCUGACCACAUCAGCAUGAUGUGAACUAGGUCUUAGGUCAUGCGAAUGGAGUAGUGUCAAGUUGCCUCUCGGUGCUGAUCUUGGGACAGUUUUCUGAGGAAGGGGAGGCUGGUCCUAGACCUCUAAAUAGGGGACACUUCACCUCGUAACCCUGCGAAUUCUGGGUUGUGUUCAUUAGUAACACUGAAACGUUUUGCAAUGGGAAAAAAAAUAUGAGCAUUGUUUAUUAGACAAGUACAGAUAGUACUUCCCUGAAGUGAACGAACAUUUGCUGCUACCCAAGAGAAGUUACUGGAAAUCUUUUGUAAGGAACUUUUGUAAGGAACAAUAUUUUCCAGUUUACAACACUCAUAUAUAUGUUGCUGUUUUGUAUGUCAAGGCUGUUGCAGGCCUAAUAAGCCAAAAACAAUGUGUUACAUAAAUACAAGUGGCCUUAUAUUUGGCAUUUUAAAUUGUGAAAUAAUGGCAUAAGAGUUUAGUAUCCUAAUUGUUUUUUCAAAGAUCAACAAAUGCACCGUUUCCUUUAUCUUGUUCAGCUGUUCAUUCUGCAUCUUUAUUGUUGAUAUUGUCAUGUUCAUAAUGCAGCAUUUGAUGUAUUUAAGUAGAAAUGUAUUUUGACCCCAUUUGAUUUGGUAACUUUCAGUCUGAUAUCAUAUUAAAACUGCAAACAUUUGUGAU